ACUUAAAUUUGGUGCUGUAAAUUGGUAUGUUAGAAGUGGCUGUAGACAUUUUUCUGUAACAUUAAAAUGGUAUCCUUUGUGUGUGUUUUUUUUUGUCUUAUUUUAGGUUUGCAUAUCAUCUGAGACAGUGGCAAAUUGAAGGCACUGGUAUUAGUAGUCACUUGAAAGCACUGAGUGACAAACAGUCUUUGCCCUUAAGGGUUGUAUGCCAGCCAGCUGGACUUCCUGACAAGAUGACUAUUGAAAUGUAUCCUAGUGACCAGGUAGCAGAUCUUAGGGCUGAAGUAACUCAUUGGUAUGAAAAUUUGCAGAAAGAACAAAUAAAUCAACAAGCUCACUUCAGGAGUUUGGUCAAAGCAGCAGAAAAGGGAGUUUCCUGGAGGCCUCAUGGGACCUGUCAGGAUGAUUUCAUCUGGACAUGAGUUAACAACAGAUUAUGAUGAAAAAGCACUUCAUGAACUUGGUUUUAAGGAUAUGCAGAUGGUAUUUGUAUCUUUGGGUGCACCUAGGAGAGAACGAAAAGGGGAAGGUGUUCAGCUGCCUGCAUCUUGCCUGCCACCCCCUCAGAAGGACAACAUUCCGAUGCUUUUGCUUCUACAAGAACCUCAUUUAACUACUCUUUUUGACUUACUAGAAAUGCUUGCAUCAUUCAAACCACCCUCAGGAAAAGCAGCAGUGGAUGAUACUGAGAGCUUAAGAUGUGAAGAACUUCAUCUUCAUGCAGAAAAUCUGUCUAGACGUGUCUGGGAGCUGUUGAUGCUUCUUCCUACAUGUCCUAACAUGUUGAUGGCAUUCCAGAGUAUCUCAGAUGAACAGAGUAAUGAUGGACUUAAUUGGAAGGAACUUCUCAAAAUUAAGAGUGCUCAUAAGCUGUUAUAUGCUCUGGAAAUUAUUGAAGCACUGGGAAAACCUAACAGAAGAAUAAGGAGAGAGUCAACGGGAAGUUAUAGUGACCUUUAUCCAGAUUCUGAUGAUUCAAGUGAGGAUCAAGUGGAAAAUAGUAAAAAUUCCUGGAGUUGCAAGUUUGUUGCUGCUGGUGGGCUUCAACAGUUACUAGAAAUUUUUAAUUCUGCAAUUCUAGAGCCUAAAGAACAGGAAUCAUGGACUGUGUGGCAGCUAGACUGUCUUGCUUGCUUGCUGAAAUUAAUCUGCCAGUUUGCAGUAGACCCAUCUGAUUUGGAUUUAGCUUAUCAUGAUGUCUUUGCCUGGUCUGGUAUAGCAGAAAGCCAUAGGAAAAGAACCUGGCCUGGCAAAUCAAGGAAAGCUGCUGGUGAUCACGCCAAGGGUCUUCAUAUACCACGAUUAACAGAGGUGUUUCUUGUUCUUGUCCAAGGAACCAGUUUGAUUCAGCGGCUUAUGUCUGUUGCUUAUACAUAUGAUAAUCUGGCUCCUAGAGUUUUGAAAGCUCAGUCUGAUCACAGGUCUAGACAUGAAGUUUCACAUUACUCAAUGUGGCUCUUGGUAAGCUGGGCUCAUUGCUGUUCUUUAGUGAAAUCUAGCCUUGCUGAUAGUGAUCAUUUACAAGAUUGGUUGAAGAAAUUGACUCUUCUUAUUCCUGAGACUGCAGUUCGUCAUGAAUCUUGCAAUGGACUCUAUAAAUUAUCCCUGUCAGGCUUAGAUGGGGGAGACUCAAUCCAUCGCUCUUUUCUACUUUUGGCUGCCUCAACAUUGUUGAAAUUUCUUCCUGAUGCUCAAGCACUCAAACCUAUCAGGAUGGAUGAUUAUGAAGAAGAACCAGUGUUAAAACCUGGAUGUAAAGAGUAUUUUUGGUUGUUAUGCAAAUUAGUUGACAACAUACAUAUAAAGGAUGCUAGUCAGGUAUGUUUAAAAUUACACAUUAACUUGUUAAUAGAUAAAUUGGGCAUGUAA